CCACACUCACAUUUUGCCUGAUACUUGCAAACCACACCAACACAAUAAAAAAAGAGCAUGACCGUCUUCUCCGCCCUAAAAUACAAACCCAACCUCCGCAUCGUCGUGGCCGUCAUCGCCACAACAGCCCUAUCUGGCAUCGCCCUCGCCGAACGGGACCUCUUUUUCAAUCCUACUUUAUUGUUACGCCAUGAUCGUCGACAUGAGGACCCGUACCCGUGGAAUAAGGUCAAGCCGAAUCAGAAUUUGAAAUUGUAUGCUGUGAAUCAGCGUUUUGAUAAUAUUGAUCCAAAGAGUAUACCCACGAGGGACUGGGAUUGAUGUGUGUUUUUUUGUAUAAAGGAUUUUGGGGUUGUUGUGAAAUGAGGUGCCUUGAAGGCUUUCUUGUUGCUCGUUUCCUGAACAUGUAUAGUUUUGUUUUUUUUUGCAAGAUUUUAUGAGCGUUUUUUGUUGGAGGGAUGAUCAAUCGGACUCUGACAAUGAGAUUAUUGUUUCC